CUUUGUUUCCAGGGGCCUUUAACUGUUGCAUGAAAAUUUCAGAUGAAAUUCCCAGAGGAAUUCUCCGAAGAGUGGAGAACUUUGAAAUCCAGAAAGCGGAUGGCCUGUGUCACCUAGAAGCUGUUAUUCUCUACAUAGAAGGCAGAAAGUUCUGUGUGAGUCCACGGAUUAGAAAAGUUAAGAAGUGGAUGAAGAAGAAUAAGCACAAAAUUCCCAGGAAAAAGCGUCAUGGUAGAAAGCAUAGAAGAACCAAAAUUAUAAAAAAGAGAGAAAAGAAACAGUAA